AUGAACUCCAUACGUCAAAUUCAGGCGCUGAACAAGCGCGAGCUUGAAAACGCAGUAACACCCGAAGCUUCCUGGCACGCCGACUACCGUGAUACAGCAUACAUUUACAUCGGCGGCUUACCCUUUGACCUGUCCGAAGGUGACAUCGUGACAAUUUUCUCCCAGUAUGGCGAACCGGUUCACGUCAAUCUCAUACGUGACAAAGACACAGGCAAAAGCAAGGGCUUCGCAUUUCUCAAAUACGAAGAUCAGCGGAGUACGGAUCUUGCGGUCGAUAACUUGGGAGGUGCGACCGUGAUGGGUCGUGUGCUACGAGUUGACCAUACCCGAUACAAGAGGAAAGAGGAAGAGGGAGAGGAGGAUAAUGUGGCAACAAUCAUGGGCCAGAAUGCGAGAGGGGCUAGAGGCGAGGACGAAGAUACAGAUACUGAACGACGGCGCAAAAGCCGAAGGGGAGAUACUAAUGAAAGUGAUGUUGAAGAAAAGCCACGGCCGAUGCUCAAGGAAGAAAGAGAGUUGGCUGAGUUAAUGCGAGAUCAUGAUGACGAGGAUCCUAUGAAGGAAUACCUUAUCCAAGAAAAGAAGGAGGAAGUUGCCAGAGCCCUCGAAGUUUUCAAAGCAAGCGAGAAGAAGUCAUCGACUCGACGGAAAGACAGUCGUGAGCGCUCGCACAGACAUCGCCAUCAUCGACGCAGACGAAGUGAGGACAGAUCUCGCGAAAGAUCCCACAGGGAUCGAGACGAGACUAGUCAUAGAGAACGACACCGCCGUGACCGAUCAGAGUCUCCUCGUCGAAGACGAGAAAGGUCAAGAGAGCGAUCUAGACGCGAGCGAGAUUAA